ACACACAUAUAUAUGCCUCUGCAACCUCUUCGUCUUCUCCAACACAAAUCUCUCUCUCUCUCUGUCUCUCUGAAACCAUAGCCAUGGUGUUUCCGAUGGUUCUGGGGAAGCUUGCAGAGUGGUUUCUGUACCAUCUACUAGCCAACUCUUGUUACAAAGCUGCAAGAAAGCUGAGAAGUCUUCUCAGUUUCUCAAAGUCUUCACCUUUCCAACAAACCCAUCACGAUAAUCACUUCCAAAUAAGCCCUCCAACUCUCUUCCCGAGCAUCACAAAACUUGAAAUCCGAAACUGGGUCCCUGACAAAACCUUGGUCUGCGACAUCGACGGUGUCCUGUUAAGACAAUCUUCGAGCAGAUACUUCCACUCUUUCUUCCCUUACUUCAUGCUUGUCGCCUUCGAAGGCGGGAGCAUAAUCAGGGCGUUUCUCUUGUUACUUUCCUGUUCCUUUCUCUGGUUUUUGGACGAUGACCAGAAGCUCAGGGUCCUGUCGUUCAUCACCUUUGCUGGGUUUAGGGUUAAGGACAUGGACUACGUCGCAAGAGCUGUUCUGCCCAAGUUUUACCUAGAGAACUUGAAUCGUCAAGUUUACGACAUUUGGGUCGAGGCUGGGUCAAGAGUUGUGUUCACAAGCCUGCCCAAGGUGAUGGUCGAGGGCUUCCUCAGGGAGUAUAUGAAUGCAGAUGAUGUGACAGGGACCAAACUGCAGGAGAUAGAAAUCAUGGGGAGGAGAUUCUACACCGGCUUAGCUUCAGGGUCUGGUUUCGUCGUCAAACACAAAGCAGCCGUAGAGUAUUUCUCUGAUAAGAAGAAGAAGCCUGAGCUUGGGAUUGGAAACUCUUCGAGCCUUCAAGAUCACCUCUUCAUCUCCAUUUGCAAGGAAGCUUGUGUGUGGAGUGAUGAAGAAGAUGACGCCAAGAACAGCUCGAAGCCAUUACCAUUCCCAAGAGAGAGAUACCCGAAACCAUUGAUCUUCCAUGACGGAAGACUUGCAUUUGUGCCAACGCCGUUAGCAACUCUCUCCAUGUACUUAUGGCUCCCUUUCGGCAUCUUCCUCGCCAUCUUCAGGAUCUUGGUCGGAAUCCUCCUUCCGUACGAAGCAUGCCAUGCCCUGGUUUACUUGUCAGGUCUCGUGACGACGUUCAACGCUCAGAACCUCGGUUCUGACUGGAACAAGAGCGGUGUCUUGUACGUUUGUAACCACAGAACGCUUCUAGACCCGGUUUUCCUCAGCGGAAACCUCGGGAAGCCAUUGACGGCUGUUACUUACAGCCUAAGUAAGUUCUCCGAGGCUAUAUCGCCCAUCAAGACAGUCAGGCUGAGGAGAGACAGGGAAAAAGACGGGGAGAAGAUGCGUAAACUGCUGAGUAGAGGAGAUCUGGUGGUCUGUCCCGAGGGAACGACUUGCAGAGAGCCUUAUCUUCUGAGGUUCAGUCCUUUGUUUGCGGAGCUAGCAGAGGACAUUGUCCCUGUGGCUGUGAACACGCACGUGAGCAUGUUCUAUGGGACCACCGCAAGUGGGCUCAAAUGGUUGGAUCCCAUCUUCUUCCUCAUGAACCCUAACCCUCAUUAUUUCUUGGAGGUUCUUGAGAAACUGCCCAGGGAGAUGACUUGCAGUGGAGAAGGAAGAUCAAGCCUCGAAGUUGCAAACCUUAUACAGAGAGAAAUAGCUAGGGUUUUGGGAUUUGAGUGUACUAAUCUCACAAGGAAGGAUAAGUACAUGAUUCUUGCGGGAAAUGAAGGCACCGUCAAAUAAACUGUAGCUUUUGUGGAGUCCUUCAUUAGGGUU